AUGGCGCUGCCGAACUAUGAAGCGGUGAAGCCCAUGGCACCGAUUCCACGAGGAGGAAAGGCUACAAGGGUGGCAGCCAUCGCAACCUCUGUCGUCUUCGUUCUGUUGGCUGUUGCUGGCCUUCUUGGAAGAUCCUCUCACCGAUCCUCUCUUCUCGUUUCUCCUUCUGAGCAGAGCUUGAGAAACUUGGCCCUGGAAUUCCUCAGGAAUGGAGACAAGAUGACCGUGACGCAGAUGAAGCGCAAGCUCGACGCCUGGCACAACUCUCCUAGCACUCUCCUUGACUUGGACGAUGGCGAGGGGGCAAAGACUCAGAUGCUUGCUGAGGGAUACCCCAGACUUGGAACUGAGCUUGCGGAAGACUCGACUCUUUGCAAGAAGAAGGAUUACAUCAUUGAAAAGUUCGACCAGCUCUUGAAGAAACUCGGAGGAGAAGAGCUCUCUGCCAACAUCACGAUGGGAAAAGUCAGUGAUGAAUGGAAACAGGCGCUCUCUUCCUGGCUUGACUCUGAGUCUACUUAUCGUCUGACCAUCGAGAAGGCGAAGGAGGCACGUGAAGGGGCUGAUUUUGCAAGAAACGAGUACGAGAAGUGGAACACCGCAUACAAGCAGGCCAAGAAAGAUUACGAUGACACGUUGGCCCGUCAUGCUGCUGAGAGACAAGACAUUCUCGACGAAAGAGAGCUCAUCAAGGAAAUCAUGAGACUUCUCGGUGUUCUGAGCGACAUCAAGGCGACAGACAAGUCUAUCGCUGCUGGAGGAAGGGAUUCCAUCAAGGAUCCCAACACUGGAGUGUCUGACCCGUACAACAUGAAGGAGGAUGUGGACAAGACCAGAGCUCGCUUGAUGCAGAAGAGACUUGAGAAGCUCGCGACAACCACCCUCCCCAUCUACAGCGAGACGGAGGAAGUGGCGAAGAUCCUGAAGGAGAUGUUGGAUGACCUCGACACCAGGAUGAACAUCAUCGACGAGGUUGAUGCCAAGGCCAAGAAGCUCGUUGAGGAUGCUGAGGCCAAGCUUGUGGAGUGGGAGCAGCAGCUUGUGUCUCUUUCCAACGCAGCGGACAAGGCGACGGAGAAGAUGUCGGCUGCUCAGCUCGAGCGCGAGAAGCUGGCAGGAGACAAGACGAUCUCCGAGUCAACCUACAAUGAUGAGAAGGCUGCCUACACCCUCGAGAUCCCACCUUACCAGCGAGAGAUCUACGUCAUCACGAUGAUCAAGAUCAAGAUCAUCGAGCACUGCAACGGCGCAGACAACACCAGCGCUUGA